UUAUUAUCAACGGAUUCUAAGCGGAUCGCUAUUUAAUCAACUUACAAUGAUCACUUCUUUGUCUCCUUAAAAAAAUGCACACGUUGUGUCGACUGUACUAGGCUGACGAUGAGCCAUAAUUCGAUCAGGACACUACCCCUGCAGCUCAAUAUGUUCAAGAGUCUUCGCUACCUCAAUAUUCGUGCCAACUCCAUCAGGAUUUUUCCAGCAGUGCUCUGUCAGAUGAUGAGUCUUGAGAUAUUGGAUAUGAGCCGCAACAAGAUUACGAGAUUUCCAGACACGUUCGGAAAUCUGAUGAACCUUCGAGUGCUGAGCAUUUCCAAGAAUCGAAUUGAAACUAUACCAACAUAUAUUGGAGAAAUGGAACAGCUACAGUAUUUGAAAAUAGAACAGAACCCUAUUGUUUUCCCCCCGCCAGAGAUCGUCGAACUUCCUGAUCAGGACAUGAAAGGAUGGCUCAAUCAACUCAAGUCAUAUCUCAUUUCUUAUAAGAGUGCGUGUAAUAUCUUAUUUUUAGUUUAUUUAUUACUACACUUCACUUUAGUAUACCUAGAAAUCUAA